AUGACAAUAGUAACAGCAAAAAAAGGGAGUAAUCAAACAGUCAGGACAGCUCUUCUCGUGUCAAUCCCUGUCGCUGUUGCGCUGCUGGUGCUGCUGCUAGUUGUUGCCUAUCUCUGCAACAGGAACAGAAAACCACACAAGCAUGUGCAGAUUGCCAGCAUCAGGCACGCUACAAAACGGGCAGGAGAUUGCAGUGAAGAGGUUGUCUGCAACUUCGCAGCAAGGACAGAUGGAGAUGAAGAACGAGGUUUUCCUGUUGGCGAAGCUCCAGCACAGGAACUUGGUGCGACUGCUCGGCUGCUGCAUCGAGGAACACGAGAGGCUCCUCGUCUACGAGUUUCUUACCAACAACAGCCUCGACAAGAUCGUCUUUGUGGGUACAUGGCGCCGGAGUACGCUCUGCACGGCAUCUUCUCGGCCAAAUCAGACGUUUUCAGCUAUGGUGUCCUUGUCCUCGAGAUAGUCACCGGACGACGCAACACGUACACGCAUGCUUCAGGACCCUCCGAAGAUCUUCUUACCUAUGUUUGGAGGCAGUGGAGCCGUGGGAGCGUGCAACCGCUGCUGGAGGGGUGCCCCGAGGAGGGGCGUCGGGCGCAGGAGAUGCUGAGGUGCAUCCACGUCGGUCUGCUCUGCGUCCAGGAGGAUCCGCACCUCCGCCGCAGCAUGGCGUCGGUCGUCGUCAUGCUCAACAGCCGCUCCAUUACGCUACCGGCCCCCAACGCGCCAGCCUUCGCGAUGCCGGGCCGUGGUCUCACGGUGACCGCGGACGCGCCCGUGACGGGGACGGAUCGCCAGGGUGCGAGGGCGGUGGCAGCAGGUCGGGGACAGUCCAUGUCCAUCAAUGAUGCCUCCCUUACUGACUUGGAGCCGCGUUGA